AUGACUAACCAAUCCAAAGGAAGCUCAAACGCGAAGCCAGUAAAAAGAAAGAGCGACGAGACAAGCGACAGCGCAACAGAAGACUAUGUGAGCGAUCCAACUACAGGUGUAGAAGACGAAGAUCUUUCUGAUCCUUCCGAUGAUGUUACCCCUUCUUCAACUCUUACAGAUGAUGGAACUCUUGAGGACGACAACUCUACCACACUAGACGGAGACAACUCAAGUUUUGAAGAUAUAGAUGAAGCCUCAGACUCUGGAAACUACAGCAGUGAUGAAAGCGAUGAAGAAGAUUUCGCGUCAAACAGCCAAGAGAACAACAGCGACAGCACUGCAUAA